CCUGUUUGUGAUCUCCUUCUGGCUGAACGUUCUGGGCUGCUCAGCCCCAUCUGACAUCCCUGGGAGGCUCAGCCCGAAUCGUGACAGUGCUGUGGGAAGGUUGAAAUCAGAUUACAUUGACCUGCAUCAACCUCAGUCCUUCAGCAAUGACUACAGCCAUCCUGGAAUGUAUAAGUACGUUGUCUAUCAGUGCCCAACAGCUCCGCCGCCUUCCCAUGUUCCUGGAGAGUGGCCUUCUCAAAAAGAUGCCUUCAACAGUCGAGGACUCAGAUGUUCCCAACCUCUUCAGAGAACCCUAUAUUCUGGCCGGAUAUAGGCCGACAGACCAAUCCUGGAAGUAUUAUUUUCUUAGCCUUUUCCAGAAGCACAAUGAAUCAGUAAAUGUCUGGACUCAUCUUCUCGUGGCUUUUGCCGUUAUUUGGAGGUUCCGAGCCUUCGUGGAGACAGAAAGCUUUUCCUGGAACACAUUAUCGAUACCUCUCGUCUUAUAUGUACUGGCCUCAUUGACCUAUCUCACAUGCAGUAUGCUAGCACAUUUGCUCCAGUCCAAAUCUGAGCUUGCCCAUUACACUUUCUACUUCAUGGACUAUGUUGGAGUUAGCACUUACCAGUAUGGAAGUGCCUUGGCCCAUUUCUACUACAGUUCCCACCAAGCUUGGUAUGACAAGGCCUGGCCUUUCUUCUUGCCAGGGGCUGCUUUAUUAGGAUGGAUGUCCUGUGUGGGUUGCUGCUACGCUAAAUAUCGAUACAGGAGGCCAUACCCAGUCAUGAGGAAGAUCUGCCAGGUUGUCCCAUCAGGGUUUGCCUAUAUCUUGGACAUCAGCCCGGUUGUCCAUCGGAUUAUAGUUUACUAUAUGGAGGACAGCUCAGACAGGGCCAUAUGGUACCACUGUCUACAGAUCAUCUUCUUUGUCGUUAGCUCCUAUUUUUUCUCUUGUCCCGUCCCGGAAAAAUUCUUCCCUGGUGGAUGUGAUAUCAUUGGUCAUGGCCACCAAAUUUUUCAUUUGUUUUUAGGUUUAUGUACUCUGUCCCAACUGGAAGCCAUACUACUAGACUACCAGGCCAGGCAUGAACAAUUUACAGCACGGUACAGCCCAGGAUUUACCCAACUUUCUUGCCUUUCCUUCUUCCUACUCAUCUUCUGCACAGCUAUCACGGCCUUCUACCUGCGGCAGAAAAUUAAGCAGAAAUUAGCCAAGAAAGACUUGUAAGGAGCAAACGCCUUAGACUUCUCCUCUUAACAUGUUAUUUAAUAACAUAGGACCUACUAAUUUGUUUACCACUAAAAAAAACAAGUUUUGGAUGUAAAAUUGAAUGUGAGUUAUUCUGUAGCCAAGUACAACACUUUUCCGAUGAAUGGCAUUUGUCCAAGGCUGCUAUUAGGACUUGGCAUAUAGAAGGAAAUAGAAGGAAACUUCUGUAUAUUGCACUUAUUUUUCUCUUUUCUAUUAAAUUGUUGGAAUGUUCACGUUAUAAUUGACCCAAGAGACAAAUGCCAUUUUUGACAAGUGCUGGAGAAAUGUGAUCAUUAUAAGAAAUCUCCCUUUAAUUAGUUGUUUAAAGUGAGAUUUAGAAAAUUUAGUUAAGAAUUUAAUGCCUCUGUUAAAUAUAUUAGCGGGUCUUAGCCAUGGAGAGAUCCCACUGACUAUCACAAUGUAAGCAAAAACUGAGCUUUCCCCUUUUAUUGAGCUAUUUUAUGGAGCCAGGUUACCCAGGGCACAAGGGCAAAGUCUUUGUUUCCUUUUUUUUCUAUGAUCCUUGGAUGAAUUCUUUUCAGUAGAGAGAGAAGGAUGAGACUAUCCAAGACCAACCCAUCAAGACACCCUAGGCUCUUACAAAGGGCCUCAUAGCAGCCAAACAUUACAGUUGCCCUUGAAUCACAGUCAUUUUUUGCAAUGGUCUGAAAUGCCACGUAGAUUAGGUGAAAUCCACUUCUUGAAAUUUUUUUUCCAAUGUUCAACUAACAUACCUGGCCACCUAAACACUAUACUAAGAUGUUGGGUGACGGGUGAAAAAUUCUGGUUUAUAACGGAAUCAUACGGCACAAAAUGGCAGCUUAGGUUCUUCAAGCACUUAAAAAUCUAGGGAACAUAUCUAGGGGAUAUUUUACAAGAGUCUAGGUUAUGUUUCACAGUUGCACUUUAUAAAUGAACCAAGCUUAAACUUAUCUAGUGUUGGAAUGAAGGAUUUGGGGAUUUUAGGCUUAUUUGUCACCUGAUUGACUAAACAGCAUUUGAUCCUUUCUACUGUCAGCUUCAGAUAGUGAUAUUUUCUGCUGAAUCACAAGUGUCUCUGGUGGGCCAAACCAGCCCUGAACUUAUCCUUUUAUGGUAUUGACUGAACAGAUUUGAUAGCUUCCAUGUCUGGUUCAAAUUUCUCUUGGUCUUUGGGGCAUAUGUUUCCACCUUCUCCCUAACCUCAGGUUCAAUAGUUGGAAAAAAAAUUCAAUUCAAUGUUUGCCCAUAAGUGGACUCACGAAGAAUGAGGCCACAGUUUUGGUAAGAGGAUCUAGAACUCCUUUAUUCAAAUUUAAGUCCAAAGCAUUAUAACUUUACAUUCACUUUGUAGCUUUUUAUACUCACAGACAGUCUUAACAAGUAAUGAACUGGUGCUGGCAAUUGUAGCCCUAUAGCUGGGUUCACAGAGAGUAAAUUUUUCAAUGCAUAUUUAAGUUCACGCAACAAUUUUCCCAGAAAAUGUGGUCACAUUUUAUGCUGCGGCCGCAUUUUCCAGGAAAAUCAGCGUGUAUUUUAAAAUUAAAAUGUAUUUUACACUGUGAGGACCCAGUCUAUGUAUCUAUCUGUUUAUGUCUAAUCCUUAUACAAUAUAUAUGUGAUAUAACACUUGUAUAAAUGAUUGUGCUGAAGGUUGGCCGAAGUGUCUAGUUUGCACUGGAAUAUAAUGACUAGAUGCAAUGAAGCUGGCCUUCACAUGAUGUCCACAUGUUCUACGUGGAUGUCUACUGCACAUGAGACUCUUGGUCCACUGGCACCCUGAUGUUCUGCCAUAGGCCAGUUAUUAUAUAUUAACCAGUAUAUUAUAGGUGAUAAUAGAUUUAAAAAAAUGUUAACACAGAUGACCACUGUGAUCAACCCACUUAGAAAUUUGAGAGUAAGGAUUGUCAGUCACAUUCCCUUGUAAAAAGAGGUGUCCUAUUGACCCAGUGGUUGGCGUAGUUCACUUAUGACACUGUUGCCCAGGUUUCAUAUCUAACCAGGGCAGCAUAUGCAUAAAAUAUGUACAUUCUCCAUACUCCAAAACCACAUAAGUUUAGAUGGCCCCAGCAGUGCGCCAUCAGGUGGCCUCCUUCCCUGACUACAACAGUAUUUCAUUCAGUCAAUCCUUACAAUUAUUUUUUACUUCAGACAGCAAAAAGGCUCCAAGUGCCCCUGCAGGGCUUCCAGCAGCAUUGGACCAAAUCGGGCAGAGCCAUGACAUCUGAGCUUUUGGGGGGGUGAAAUAUAAUGUAAAAGCACAUUUACAACUGGAGCCUUCCUUUGUAAGAGGCACACAAGGGGGGAGGUUAUAGCGUAAAUGAAAACAGAGGCCCAUUCUGGUACUGAUUCACACCAACAUACCUUCAGUCAUUUCCAGCCCUCAAAUUCAUUACUUAAAAUGACAGUAGGUGCCCUUGGGUCCAUGAGGAAUGACACAAGGGCCCCAUGGGAUGACCUUAUAGGUACACUUUACCUUUCCGUCCCUAGUGUCUCUACCUAUAAAGAUUAAGAGACAUUGUCAGCUCCUCGGGGGUGGAGUCUGACCUGAAUAAAUAGAUUGGUUUUACAACACAAAAUUAUAUCAGUGUUAUAUAAACAAAAUGAAUGAUAAUUUUUGCAGAUAUAUAUAACAAGGGAAUAAAAAGUAUCUUAAGCUUCCAAGUAAGCUACAAUUAUGGGCCAAUUAUAACCCUGCAAGAAAGGGGCAUUAUUGUCCAAUACAAUGAGAUUAUUUUUUUAUUUUUGUUUUGCUUUUUUUUAUAAACAUAUAUUUAUUAUUGGUCGGGCUGCUGACAUGAUGGAGUCCCUUACACCCACUAUGUGUAGGUUUUUACUGUGUUUAAUGAAAACAUGUUUUAAUAUCUGGUACUUUACUAGUAUAUUUAUACUAUAAACCCACUGAGCCUGUCCACUUAAGGCAACCACUGCCCUGUGAGCAGGUCUCCUGGGAACAAGAGGUGCCUAACCGGACAUAUGGAAAUGGGUUGUCCAAAAAGGUGAAUUCUUGUAAAGCAUGUACAGGUCCACCUACCAUCUCAGAUUUUGACUACUUACAGAAUUUAUCCCAAAAAAAUUGUUUUUAUGUCAUGGAUAAUACUUUUUUUAAAAAAUAAAUUAUUACUUGAUCCCAACAGAAAAUCUUGCUGUGUAAUAUACCUGUGGUUUUCCGCAUUUUUUUUUUAACUCAAUGUACAUGGUGACCAAAUAUAAUAAAACACAUUUUACACGUCUGGACUGGAGUCUUUGAUUGAAUUGAAUUAUUUGAAUUGUUUAUCGAGCUAAAAUUGAAAAUGUGCCUGUGCCCCUGUUUGAGGAGUAACCCACUUGGAAUCCUAAAUAUGGGACAUGUUAAAGAGUACCUUUCAUCAAAAUUUUUUUGAUAUGUUAGAGCUG